AUGUCUCUUUUCUUGUACCCAACUGGAAUAGAUUCUCGUGUAAAAGACAUUAACCUGUGGCUGCAAGAUGGGUCAAACAAUAUUGGCAUAAUGGUGAUUUAUGGGAUGGGUGGAAUAGGUAAGACAACCAUUGCAAAAACUGCUUAUAACCAAAACUUUGAAAGAUUUGAUGGCAGCAGUUUUCUCGCAAAUAUUAGAGACACUUCAAAACAACCCAGAGGUUUGGUUCGUCUGCAAAAACAACUUGUUUCAGAUAUUGUCAAGCGGAAAAAGGAAAAACUACACAAUGUUGAUGAGGGAAUCAUUAAGAUCAAACAUGCUAUGUGCUGUAAAAGAGUUCUUGUUGUUCUUGAUGAUGUAGAUCAAUUGGACCAACUAAAUGCAAUAUUUGGCAUGCGAGACUGGUUUCAUCCAGGAAGUAAAAUUAUCAUAACAACCAGACAUAAGCGAAUGCUAAAGGCUUAUGAAGCUCGUGAAAUAUACAAGGUUACAAAAUUGAAAGACACUGAAGCGCUUUCUUUGAGGUAUAGGCUACUCUCUGCAAACUUUUUACCACUAUCUCGGUCUUAUAUUCAUCAAAUAAAGAAUAGAUUAACUCAUCUGACCAAAGAAUCCAAGUCCAUUGAAGAAUAUUUGAAUCAGAUCAAAGAACUUGCAGAUCAAUUAGCUCUAGCUUCUUCACCUAUUGAUGAAGAAGAUCUGGUAUUACUCACCUUGAAUGAUUUUCCUGAUGAGUUCAAUGCUCUUAAAACUACUAUUCGAGCAUGGAUUGAACCUAUUUCCAUAGUGUAA